AAAACUGUGAUAUGUGCAUGCAUCUUUGCACAGAGCUCAAAUGAGCGCUGCAACACACUCCAGUGCAUCUUCAGUCUAUUUUUGCACUCAACUGGCACCCCGCAAAGAGUGAUAGAGGCACUCGCACACACCAGUAUCUCCAUCAGCACACAAUCCAUUGCAGCAGCUGUAAGAUCCUUGUCAAAAGAAGCGAAUGCUCAAAUCAAACAAGCCGUAUGGACAUUGACAACAGCACUUGCCUAUGACAACUUUGACAUCGAUUUCAAGACUGCACAGCCCACAAUCGAGCACCAGUCCCAAUUCAUUAGUUUGACUUCUGCAACCACAAUACCUUUGUAUGGUAUUAAUAACCCUGUGGUCCUUCAGUGCUCACAUGAGAUAUGGCAGAAUGAAUCAAGCGGCCUAGUUAGAGCAUCCCUGGCUGCCGGGAAACUCACCACAAAGGAUCUGCGCAUUUUUCAUCAAGAAAACUCUUAUGGGACAAUCCCACCAGGGAAACAUCUAUCUCCAUGCGAGGAGAACUUUGCCUGGCAUGUUCGUGACAUCCUGCUCAACCACGGCAAGUAUUUCGACUUCCUAAAACAUCACCAUGACGAUCUGGUUGUUAUCAAUGCCAUCCCACUGCACAAGACAAGACAAGUACCUUGCCAAGCAAUGCCCAUCAAACAGUCAACAACUGAUGGAAAUAUCAAGGUUAUGGAC